UUUCUUUCUGUGCAGCUGCCUUCCGCUUAAGUUAGGCGCCAUCGCCAGGCAGCUGUCGAUUCUUCCAACGAACCCCGUCGAGGUCGCAUUACAUACUUGAGUUGAGAGAGAGAGGGGGUGGAUCGCAAUUCCAAUCGCUAGGAGAGGUGAGAGAGUUGAUGUUUUAGUGUGCUAUCUAUCGGAACAACCCUAAGGUUUCUUGGAGGACAAAACGAGAGAGAGAGCGGGCGAAAGAGCAAGGAGGAGGAGGAGGAAGAGGGGAGUGUGGAGUGUUCCGAAAGUGAGAUCGACGGGCUGUUAUGGUGGUCAUUAGUCUAUGGCAGAAGGGAGUGGAUGAGACGAGGAGGAGGAAGAGGAGGAGCGGUUGCGGUUGUUGAGCGGUGCGCGUGUGGAGCGGCGGGUGAAGAGGAUGAAUCAGCUGCCGGAGGAAGAGGGGGUGGAAGAGGCGCGACGGGAGAGCAAUGUGAUUGCGAUUGGUGGUGGUGUGUUCUGUUUCGGGAGUAUUCCCGCGGUGUUGGAUGCGGGGCGGAGUAAUGGUAAUGGCGGGGUGAGUGAUGGGAAUGGGAAUGGGAAUGGGAUUGAGAUCGGGAGGGAGAGAGAAGAGGACGUGGGAGAGAGUGAUAAGGGAGGGCGAGGGGAGACUCCCAGGAGUAACGGAGGAGCGCGGGAAGAGGAUGAUGAGCGGGGUGAAGUGGAUAUGGAGAGGGAGAAUGCGAUGAGUGAGAGUGAGAAUGGAGGAGCUUGUCGCGGUAGUGGAAUGAAUAGGUCUGGAGGAGUUGAGGAGAUAGAGAUGAGCCCAGGAGAGCAGGAGGCAGAGGGAAAGGGCCGGAGUGCUGAUAAGAUGGUGAGGACGGACGCUUUGUCGCUAAAUGCAUCCGGGGCAAUCAUUGACAGAUCUCUUAGAUCAGGUCGGGAAAGCGCUAUGAAUGUGGAGCGCCCGGCCUGCGAGGUAGUUCAGUCUGUGGAACCGGGCGCCGAGGAUUCGAACUUAGUGCCGGAAGUCAACGGAUCGAUGUGUGGCGAUGCCCAAUCGAAAGCCCUGGAUGAAAGAUCCAUUGAUAUUGGCAGUGUAGCCAGCGAAGUCGCUGACCAAGAUUGCGGCCGCAUCGAGUCCAGCACGGUAAAUGAAGACGGAGAAUUACGAGUGAAAUGUAGACCCCGGCCUUUGCCUCCCGUGGUUACAUCAGCUGAUGAAAGAAGCAUUGCACUGUCGUGGGUAGGAUGCCCGGAAGAGGUCUCAUAUUACCUAGAUUACGCGUGCAGUGAAGUUUCGAUGGUGCAAAAGAAAGACCGAAAUUCUAUUGCCACUGGCAGGGAGCUCGGACACAAGUGGACGUCUAUAUUUUGCGGUGACGACAGAAGUUACAAGGUGUACGACUUGAAACCUGGAACUUCUUACUCCUUCCGUCUACGAGUUACUCCCAUCGUUGUUUCGCCCUCUGCAACAUUGCCCUCGCCUUCGUUAUCGGAUAUUGCCAUAUUUUGUACAAAACCAGCCGCACCCUCUCCACCGCUAGAGCUCGUAUUGGUUAAUAGAGCUCGCACAUCGUUGAAGGUGAAAUGGACUAAGCCUACAGAAACUGGAGGGCUACCUUUGGAAUAUGUUGUAGAGAUGAAUCCACCGCCUGGGAAAGAUUCUGUUAAUGGUGUUUAUCCUAGCACUUUGGAUGAAUUUGUGGGUGUAUACAAUGGAAAGGAGGAAGCUGUGAAGGUCACCCGGUUGCUCCCAGGAACAUUGUAUAAAUUUCGAGUAUUGGCUGUUAAUUCUGUUGGGCACAGUGAAUUCAGUAAAGUGUAUUCUUUUCAAACUGCCGCAUCAGUCCCAGCAGCGCCGGAAGCUCCUACACUUGUGACUGCAACCGCUACCUCAAUGAUUGUCGAGUGGCAGGAGCCUAGUAAUUCUGGGUCUCCCAUCACCGAAUAUACACUCGAACAUGAUGACGGUGAUAGCGGUCCUUUCGUCACUGCAUACACUGGACGGCAACUGUGCUACACUAUGGAAGGAUUAAAAAGCGGACAUGUGUAUCGUGUUCGAGUGAUGGCUCACAAUGAGAAAGGGAAAGGACCGUUCAGUAGGCCAGGAGAGCUUCUUACUAAUUUUGCUAGCCCGAGUCCUCCGGCUCCUCCUUCUAUCAGAGAACGCAGUACCACAAGCAUAACUAUAUCCUGGGGCCCUUCUGAACGUGAUGGUGGAAGUCCAAUAACAGCAUACGAGGUCGAGAUGAAAAGAUUUAUGAGGAACAACUGGACUGCAGUGAUGUAUUAUGGAAGCUGUACUACCUAUACUGUGACUGGACUUUGUCCUGGUGAACUCAUUGGUGUGCGCGUUCGAGCCGUUAAUUUGAUGGGUAAAAGUGGGUGGUGUAGUGAAGCUCGGUUUGGUACGUUACCUGGUCUACCUGAGGCACCAUCAGAUCCUGUCGCAGUCGAUGUUGGGAGCCGUAGCAUCGUAUUAGAGUGGUGUCCUCCUGUACAUGACGGCGGAUCUCAAAUCGUUUGCUAUCGCUUGGAGGCAAUCAUUCGGAAAGAGGAUGCUACUAGUAUAGGAAGUGUACAAGAUGAAGAAAGCAGGGUUCUAGCUGUAUAUCGUUCCGAGAAGUGCCGGUUCAAAAUUAGUGGGCUCGAACCAGGUGCUUCGUACUGCUUUCAGGUCCAGGCAGUCAAUAAGCUUGGAGCUGGGCCCUAUAGCGGGUUAAGUGUGUUGACGACGCUCUCUGGUCCGCCAGCAGCACCAGAGCCCCCAGUCGCGGCGAGAAAGGCAUCCGCAAAUUCGAUAUCUUUGAGGUGGUCUCCACCCUGUAGCAAUGGGGCACCGAUAGAGCUCUAUUCACUUCAGAUGGUGGUUCUCGGAUAUGGAGAAAAAUGUAUAUCUGGUUGUGAUGACAGUACUACUAGUGGUUGCGAUAUCCAAGGUGGAGAUAUUUCAAGCUUAGCGAACCAGAGGGUUCAUAGUGAUUCUUUCAGCCCAUUUUCAGACGGUCCACCACACUCCCCAUCUCAUAGUACGUCUUCAGACUCAAGUCGAGGUACCAGCACCUGGGAAAGCGAAAAGUCUUCGCAAAAGAAUAGGACUUCACCUAGUUAUGCAGGUACUAGCGAAGAUGAGCAUGAUGUGCAUGGCGUUCAGUACAAAAGGAGUGUCGACGGACAAGUCACUUUAUUCCGGCCUUUUGACCUAGGUUUAAUUAUAAAUGGAGCCCGUAGUAAUGUAGCUCUGUGUGACGCCUACAGUGGUCCAAGCACAGCGUAUACUGUCAACAAGCUCCAACCACACACAAGUUAUGCUUUUCGAUUACAGGCGCGAAAUGCCGCAGGGCUGAGUGAAUUCAGUGCUUUUUCUAUCAUGAUGACGUCCCCGGCAGCUCCAUGUGCUCCUUGUCCUCCAGUAGUCAUUGAGGAAACAUCAUCGUCGUUGACCAUAAGAUGGGAGGUUCCAGAACAAGACAAUGGCUCUCCUGUGUUUCGGUUUACCCUUGAAAUGCUAAAAGUGGAAUUCGAUGGGGAAGGAAUGUUGCCCAAGGAGCGGAGCAGUCAGGUUCUUAGUAACCAAAAGAAGUCUUCUAAGAAAAAAAUGACCAAGAAAGAAGCUAUUGUCCUACAAACGUCUGUGUGGAAUCCAGUUUAUGAUGGAAGCGGUCUACGACAUGAAGUCUCAGACUUGUUGCCUGGAAAGAAGUAUACUUUUCGGGUGAUAGCCCACAAUUUGUUAGGUAUGUCUCCUCCAAGUUUAGUUACGGAGGCCACUACCCUGCCUUCUGCCCCUGGAGCACCAGCACCGCCUACUUUCAGUAGAGUCACGCCCACAAGUGUGCACAUAAAGUGGUCGUCCCCUACACGGACUAAUGGCGAUCCAGUUAGGAGCUAUAUGCUUAUGAUGGAUGAUGGCCAAGGAGGUCCUUUGGCAAAGGUACAUGUGGGUGGCUCAACAUCCUACAAGGCAAUGAAGCUCCAACCUGCUUCUAGAUAUCGUGUUGCAGUACAGUCGUUUAACAAUUUUGGAGCGGGGGAACUUAGUGACAUAGCCGUCAUUGAGUUGCCAAUGGCUCCUCCACCAGCACCUUCAACUCCCAAAGUCGAUUUUCCUAUCGAGGGUGGACAGGCACCAUUAGUGCUUGUCAAUAAACCAAGACCUUCGCUUCUGGAGUUCAUGGAGGUAGUCAAUUCAUUCAAACAGGUCAGUAGGAAUGUGCAGCAGCCAUGGUCCUUGCAGAUACGGCGUUGGUUAUCUGGUAUAGGAGUUUCGGUUACUUUGCUUGCCGCAAUCAUCGCAAAUCGUUAGAAUUGGGAGAGGAUUUCUCUCAGGGGAAGGGAACAUUUGUCCCUUAAUAUAGAAACCCCCGGUUUCCAGAAUUCACAUUCACAAACCUCUAUGCUUAGUAGAUAGUCUCCUCGCGAGGAAGCAUGAGGAAUUAUGAAGAGUAAUAUACAUUCAUGAUCAAGAUUCUGUCAAGAUUUAGGGUCCAUUAAUCAAGAUUCUGGCCUGAGUAGACUCGGGAGAUAGGGUUCUGCCUACAUACUGGUAUAUAAAUGUAAACACUUUGCUGCAAUGCACAUAGUCAGAUUCCUAAAAACGAAAAUUUCAUCAAA